CUCAACACCUUCGUUUCCACAUAUAACUGAGAAGUGAAACACCAAUUCUCUAUACCUAGCUAUUCAGACAAACAUUCUUAUUCAACACAUCAAGCAAUACAUAAUCGAUAAGCAUGUACGAUAGCAAGUCCUUACACAAGGAACGAGGUAGCGCUAAAUGUUUCGUAUGCAUUCUCGCUUCCUUCGUCAUCUUAUGUGCACUUCUACUGGUUUUGGCCUCUAUAACACGUGUGAGGGAGCCACGUGUCAAAAUAAGGUCAGCUACGUCUAACCAAAUCACUCACAACGCUUCACCAUCGUCACCUUCCUUCAACGCCACCAUCAUCAUCUUUAUCAGCAUCGACAACCCCAAUUUCGAUGUCUUCGCUUACGAGAAUUGCAGUGUGAGUGUGCUCUAUGCGGGUGUGAAGAUUGGUGAUAGACCAAUCAACGGUGACAAAGUGAGUAUCAGAAAAACCAAAGAAAUUAAUGUUACAGUUGAUUUGAGGUCCGGUGAUCAGGUACCCGUUACUGCCAAUUUUUCCGGUGACAUCAAUUCAGGGAGGUUGAAUCUCACCAGCUACGCCAAAUUUACUGGCACAGUUCGUUUUCUCAAAAUUAUGAAUGUCAAAAAGAGCAUCCAAAUGGCUUGUGCUAUGAAGCUCAACUUCACCUCUCUCGUACUUCAGAAUAUUCAAUGCCAAUAGUAACAUUUCUUCCUGGUUUCUCA